CUGACGGCAGAGCCGCGCUGCUCUUGGAGAGGUCACUCCGGAGACCGCGGAGCCUUUGGGGCGUGGGGUCUGUGGCACUAUGUGGCGCGUCUGUGCGCGGAGGGCGCAGAGUGCUGUUCCCAGGGCGGGGUUCAGGGCUCGGUGGGCAACUUUGAAGGGCCCGCGGACCGGCCCCGCCGCAGUUCGUUGCGGCAGUGGGAUACCCAGCUAUGGGGUCCGCUCGUUGUGCAGCUGGAGCUACGGCUCCGCCACCGUCCCACGUAACCGCAUACUGCGACAACUCCUGGGGUCGCCCAGCCGCCGCUCUUAUAGCCUCCCUCCGCACCAGAAGGUUCCACUACCUUCACUUUCCCCUACAAUGCAGGCAGGCACCAUAGCCCGCUGGGAAAAAAAAGAAGGGGAAAAAAUCAGUGAGGGUGAUCUAAUUGCAGAGGUUGAAACUGAUAAAGCCACUGUUGGAUUUGAGAGCUUGGAGGAGUGCUAUAUGGCAAAGAUCCUUGUUCCUGAGGGGACCAGAGAUGUUCCAGUUGGAUCUAUCAUUUGUAUCACAGUUGAAAAGCCUCAGGAUAUUGAGGCCUUUAAAAAUUAUACAUUGGAUUCAGCAACAGCUGCCACACAGGCAGCCCCAGCCCCAGCUGCAGCUCCAGCUGCUGCCCCAGCUGCACCUUCUGCAAGUGCUCCAGGUAGCUCCUAUCCCGUUCACAUGCAGAUUGUUCUUCCUGCCCUCUCCCCAACCAUGACCAUGGGCACCGUCCAGAGGUGGGAAAAGAAAGUGGGAGAGAAGCUGAGUGAAGGAGACUUGCUGGCAGAGAUAGAGACCGACAAGGCCACCAUAGGCUUUGAAGUACAAGAAGAAGGUUAUCUGGCAAAAAUCCUGGUCCCUGAAGGCACAAGGGAUGUUCCUCUGGGAACCCCGCUAUGUAUCAUAGUAGAAAAACAGGAAGAUAUAGCAGCAUUUGCAGACUACAGGCCAACAGAAGUGACCAGCUUAAAGCCACAGGCACCACCACCUGUCCCACCCCCAGUGGCAGCUGUUCCUCCCACCCCCCAGCCUUUAGCACCUACCCCCUCAGCCGCUCCUGCUGGACCAAAGGGAAGGGUGUUCGUUAGCCCUCUUGCAAAGAAAUUGGCAGCAGAGAAAGGGAUUGACCUCACCCAAGUUAAAGGGACGGGACCAGAAGGCAGAAUCAUCAAGAAGGACAUUGACUCUUUUGUGCCUACUAAGGCUGCUCCUGCCGCUGCAGCAGCUGCUCCCCCGGGUCCAAGAGUGGCACCAGCUCCUGCAGGUGUCUUCAUAGACAUCCCCAUGAGCAACAUUCGUCGAGUGAUUGCGCAGAGGCUCAUGCAGUCGAAGCAGACUAUACCUCAUUAUUACCUUUCUGUUGAUGUAAAUAUGGAAGAGGUGCUGUUGGUGCGGAAGGAACUUAAUAAGAUGCUUGAAGGUAAAGGAAAAAUCUCCGUCAAUGACUUCAUCAUAAAAGCUUCAGCUUUGGCCUGCCUGAAAGUUCCUGAAGCAAACUCAUCUUGGAUGGACACAGUUAUACGACAAAAUCAUGUGGUUGAUGUCAGCGUUGCUGUCAGUACCCCCGCAGGACUUAUCACCCCUAUUGUGUUUAAUGCACACAUAAAAGGACUGGAAACCAUUGCUAGUGAUGUUGUUUCUUUAGCCUCCAAAGCAAGAGAGGGUAAACUUCAGCCUCACGAGUUCCAGGGUGGGACAUUUACAAUCUCCAACUUAGGGAUGUUCGGAAUUAAGAAUUUCUCUGCGAUUAUUAACCCACCUCAGGCAUGUAUUUUGGCAAUUGGUACUUCCGAGGAUAAACUGAUCCCAGCAGAUAAUGAGAAAGGCUUUGACGUGGCUAGUGUGAUGUCUGUCACACUCAGCUGUGAUCAUCGAGUUGUGGAUGGAGCAGUUGGAGCCCAGUGGCUUGCUGAAUUCAAAAAGUACCUUGAAAAGCCUGUAACUAUGUUAUUAUAAUUUCCCUGCGAACUUCUAUUCUUCCUCUGCUGACAUUAUAUUUAUAUGUUAUUAAACAGGUGGUUCUUUUAAAGUUUCA